AUGCAAAUACUGGAAAAAAUACCAGAACAACAAGAUGAUGAGCAACCUUCCACAUCAUCACACUCGGUCUACCUUGAGAAGACCAUUGACCCAGAAGGAUCAAAUGACGAAGAAGAAGAAAGAGAGGAACUGCAGCAGGAGGAACAAUAUACUUCUUUAGCAAUACUGGAUUUGUCUGACCCAGCUAAUUGGCCAGCUGUUCUCUUGUCAGGAAAGGUCCUGCAAAGCAAAAAACUAACUUCAUUUUCCCCAAAGAUGCAGCGAAUAGACAUUUCACUAAAGCAAAUUACAAGCGACGGCUGCCAAACGGAGAAGAAACCUUUAGAAACUGGCUGGUUUAUUCUGUCAAAUUGA